UGCGCGCUUGCGCAUUUUUACUGCCCCCGCCACUUGGUGCAUUUCAUGGACAAUGUUGGAUGCCCUGCUUCGCGUCAUUUGUUGCUCAAUGGUAAACAACUGCGCGGAGCCAUUGUCAGCUGUUCGUUGUAGUCGAUAUGGAGUGAUCAGACCAAGGUCGUUAAUUUUACGCAAUAUUUAUGCAAAAUUUUGCUAAGAACGUGGAUGUUUUGACGCAAGGCUUAAAAGCUGGCAUAUCAGGACUAAUGAACCUCGCAAGCCAAGGAAGUGAUCCUAAUAGUGGGGUUUUCUUUGUUAAUUUUAACCAAGAUUGCACGUCUCUAGCUGUUGGAACAAAAACUGGUUAUCGUCUAUUUUCCCUCAAUUCGGUUGAUCACUUAGAGCAGAUAUAUGAAAAUGAUGCUGAAGACAUUUGCAUUGUUGAACGGCUCUUCAGUAGUAGCCUGGUUGCGGUUGUCAGCUUGUCGUCCCCCAGGAAGUUGAAAGUGUGCCAUUUCAAGAAGGGAACUGAAAUCUGCAACUACAGUUACUCAAAUACCAUUCUUGCAGUGAAGUUAAACCGCUCUCGACUUGUGGUAUGCCUUGAAGAAUCUCUGUAUAUACAUAAUAUUCGUGAUAUGAAGGUACUACACACAAUACGAGAUACUCCACCUAACCCUUCUGGGCUAUGCACGCUCUCUGUUAACAGUGACUGCUGUUAUUUGGCAUAUCCAGGUUCGAAUACAAUUGGAGAGGUUCAAAUUUUUGAUACCAUCAAUUUGCAUGCAAAGACCAUGAUUCCAGCUCAUGACAGCCCACUAGCAGCAUUAGCAUUUAGUACGUCAGGUACCAAAGUGGCAACUGCAUCCGAGAAAGGGACUGUCAUUAGAGUUUUUUUAGUGAACGAUGGGACAAAGCUCUAUGAAUUUCGGCGUGGAGUGAAACGCUGCGUCAGCAUAUCAAGUCUUGCUUUUUCAAUAGAUUCCAACUUCCUCUGCUGUUCCAGCAAUACUGAAACUGUUCAUGUGUUCAAGCUGGAAGAACAACGAGAAGAAUUGCGACGUGUGCCAUCAGAAAAUCAAGGCUGGAUGGGUUACCUGUCAAAGGCUGUGUCCGCAUCUGCCAAUUAUCUACCGUCGCAAGUAACAACCGUGUUCAGCCAGGGCCGAGCAUUUGCCACCGUUCAUCUUCCUUUCCAGGGACUCAGAAAUGUUUGUGCCAUCACAGUUAUACAAAAAGUCCUGAGGUUGCUUGUUGCUUCUGCAGAUGGUUAUUUGUACGUUUACAAUCUGGACCCAAAUGAAGGUGGUGACUGUACUCUAUUCAAGCAACACAGACUGGAUGGGAAACUGGAGCAGCCAGCAGAACAGGCAGCUGGUGCAACUUGUAUAAGCCCUGAGAAUGCUCACUCUGCUUCCAAACCUGUUACUAAUGCGUCUGCACCACCAGAAUCUGAAAAAUUCCAUGAGAUGGCAGCUGCAACAGAAUCACCCCCAAAAGGUGGUUUUCGAUUUGAUGAUGAAAGUGAAUUUCCACCAGUCACUCAAAAAACAGAAUAGUGAUUGUUCUGUUUAUGAUGCGGCACAUCGACCAAGACCUCUUACAGAGUGUAGAGGCAUUUUCAUUGUACUGUUUACUAUGUGUGUGACACAGUUAUUGCAAGGUGCAUAAGUUCUUUUCCUAAUUCGUGAGGUAUGAAUUAUGUAAAUAACUGGUGCAUACGUACAAGAAUAAACACAAUGAAUGUUACUGAUCUGAGAAGAAGCUGCAAAAGCUUGUUGUGCACAUGCAUUUGAGAUGUGUGUAUCCUCAUAGCUACAUUAUGCAGAGUGGUAGAAUUGAUAUGUUAUUGACUGAAUUCAGUUUACAGAAUUAUAAUCACAUUGUUGGCAAUGGUGGUAUCUUGAAUAGCAGUUGUUUUACAUAUUUUAGAAUUUUGUAUUUGAUAAUUCCAUCAUAUUCAAAUGAGACAGAAUUUUGAUUACCACUGACAUUUAUAGCCAACACCUGCUUGUGUGUAAAAUAUUUUAAUGUUUGACACUGAGCAUUUACAUUAAUGAUGAUGGAGAACCUGUUCUCUUUUUGUGAUAAAGAAUUUUGCUUGUGCUUCCAUCUUUGAUGUUAUGCCUCUCUAAUUUCUUUUAGCAGUGGUAUGAUUGAGCUUGAAGAAAAAAGUUGCACUUCUUUCUAUGAAAAUUGAGUAAAAAAGUAAGAUUGUGUAAUUUCAGCUCAUAUUUAUCUUUAUUAAUAGAGCAUAAACAGUGAGAGUCCUGCAACUCAAAUGAUACACACAAACUAUUUUUAAACCAAAAGUGCAUACAUUUCAAUGAUUUGUGUGUUUUGAUAUUGCAAAAAUGUACAUUGUGGCGCUGCACUUGUACACUCCACCACAGUAUUUUCCCACAUCUGAUACCAUGUUAUGUGCUGAUGUGCUUUGUAUCUCUCACUGUUAAUAAAUUAAAGAACUUUCUUAUUGGAAGGUCUUACCUGUACCUUUUUUUAUGUUGUCCAGUUUCUCACUAUUACAUGUUUUCCAUUUGUUUCCUUAUGGAUUUUGACAAGAAAUACAAUUUCAGCUGUGAGCUUCUGCAUGUAUCUGAAAAGUUUAUAUUGUUGUACAUCAUUCCAAAUUUUUCCAUUUAUUUAACUAAGAGACAGUGUUUGUACUGAUAACUUACAAAUGAUACCAUUGUUUUAAAAUAAUUCAAUUAUUUUGUUGACAGUAUGAACAAGUAAUUACUUGCUGUGAUUGUAGUGUUGCCAUUAUUAAAGCUCAGUGUCAUUUUUAUGUGUGUGUGUAUGUGUGUGCACUUGGUUUACAUUUCACAAUUUUAUGAAGUCUGCACAAUUCUGUACCCAUACUAGCUAAAGCAAAAUUAUACUAACUUGUUUAAUUGUGACAGUGAUUGGUGGGCAUAUCCUCUUUGAUCUCUGAUGCAUUUAAAAAAAAAUUCUGUUGUAUCAACAGUCUGUUAUAUACAUUUCAUUCCUGGUAAUAUUAUACUGAUCUUGCUUAAAGUAUUUUUUUUUUCUUAAAAUGUAUGUCAGAAUUGUGAACCACCACCAGGCAAUCAGAUUGGUAGUUUUCAGUUUGUAUUCAAGGAAGGUGUGUGUGUGUGUGUGUGUGUGUGUGUGUGUGUGUGUGUGUGUGUGUGUGUGUGUGAGAGAGAGAGAGAGAGAGAGAGAGAGAGAGAGACAGAGAGAGAGAGAGAGAGAGACAGAGAGAGAGAGAGAGAGAGAGAGAGAGAGAGAUGGAUGGGUGGGUCACAUGUCAAUGCUUGUGACGUCUACCAUUUACGUAAUGCUUUAUAUAUAACAAUUUUUAUGCAGUUGGCAAUAAGCAAGUUAAAUUGCCUCUGUGCUGGAUUCAUAAGUAACUGACAGCAUUUUUGUGAUUAAUCACUGAUGAAAGUACAAACAUAGAUAUAUGAUUACAAAGAGAUUUUUCUGUCAGCUUGCACAAUGAUGCUGAAAGGCAGGUGCAUAUGAAUGGCUAUUUAUUCUUAUCUGAUGUUAUCGUACCUUGCUAAAGAAAUCUUGAUCAUUUUCUUACUUUAGAGGAUCUGACUUUUUUUUUUUCAGUGAUUGUGUAUUGUGUAUUCACCUGAGUUUUGAGAGCAAGUAGAGGAAUCAGCAAAUCAAAAAAGCUCUCUGUCAUACUUGUGGAAUUCUUCUUUUUGUGUUUUUUUUGUUUGGCUUAGUGGAGUAAUGGAAUUACUGUCAUUAUCAAAUGACUACUGAUUAAUAAUGAGCUCUGUAUAAGCACCGUGAUAAUUUUUUUAUUAAUAUUGAAACUCAUUAUUAAUUAGCUGUCAUCUGAAGGCAGCCAGUCUCAUUGCUGAAAAAUCGACCUUACGCUGCUGAACACCAGAGCAGAAUACAAAUGCUGUGAGGAGAGAAAAGUCUUUAUUAGAUCUGCUAAUUUCUCUCUGUUAUGGUGUUACACAGGAAAGAAAUGUGUGUAUGGAAAUUGCUGAUGUGAUAAUUUGUCACAGAGCAGAACCUUGUCAAAAGCAGCCAAUGAAAAGUUGGUUAGAAAGAUAUUUUCUUCAAAUGAUUAUUGUUGCAUGGGCAUUGUUUUAUUGCCUGUUAGUACAGGGUCACAUCUUUGCCUGGGACUGGUUAUUAGCAGAAGAAGCUUUGAGUGUCUCAAGUCAUUGUAAAUCUAUUGAUUGUAUCAAGUCAGGUGUCUUUACCAAAUGAGAUUAGAUGAAAGUGGACCACAUGAAAGAAUGGACAGAGUUGGUCUCUUUAUUAUGACCAUUCACUCGAAGUACAAAUAUUGUCAAAUUUUAUUAUGUGUUUAUGAAUGAAAUUGUAGUGUUUCGUAAGUGGCUUUUAAAUGUCAUUCAUAGCAUUACGUGAAAUUAUGCAGUGACGGCAUCAUUCCUAAUUCAGUUUUGAGUCUGUGUAAACAAUUCAUAAGAGUUCAUAAGAGGGAUGAAACUGAUAAAAAACAAAAAUUUUAAUAAAGUAGUAUUAAUCACCAGUAUA